GAGGGCGGGGGCGGGGACAGUGGCCCAGGUGGACUUGGGACUGGAGCUGUCCUGGGGGAGCUGGUUUGUGGAUGCUGCUGAUACUCUGGCUGCAGUAGUACUGAGUGGUCGUCAGGCCGAGCACCCUCUCUUUGAGGGGAAUCAUGAGCCGCUUCCUGAACGUGUUACGAAGCUGGCUGGUUAUGGUGUCCAUCAUAGCCAUGGGAAACACGCUCCAGAGCUUCCGAGACCACACCUUUCUCUAUGAAAAGCUCUACACUGGCAAGCCAAACCUUGUGAAUGGCCUCCAAGCCCGGACCUUUGGGAUCUGGACGCUGCUCUCAUCAGUGAUUCGCUGCCUCUGUGCCAUUGACAUCCACAACAAAACACUCUAUCACAUCACACUGUGGACAUUCCUCCUCGCCCUGGGACACUUCCUUUCGGAGUUGUUCGUCUUUGGAACAGCUGCUCCCACAGUUGGAGUGCUGGCACCCCUGAUGGUGGCAAGUCUCUCAAUCCUGGGUAUGCUGGUUGGGCUCCGGUAUCUAGAGGCAGAACCAGUAUCCAGACAGAAGAAGAGAAACUGAGGCCAGCCUUGCCACCUCCAAAACGUCAUCGUCUUCCACCUUCGCUGGUCCUCCUUCAUCCUGAGUCCUUGGAUCAUUUCUUUUGGGCUGUGUCCUUAGCUCCUUCAUCUAGGUU